GAUGAUGUCAGGUGAGUGAGUCCUAAUCAGCACGUGAUUUUAAAUUUUGAAAAGUGAACUUAAAAUUGGCCUGGUUAAAUGCUAACUGCCCAUGGCCCCACACUAGGGAAAUAUGCAAAAUAGGAAGUGUGGACGUUUGAAAGCGGCUAAGAACGAGGUGACGCAACGUCUCUAUGGAAAUGCCAGCCUGUACAAUCAAGAACCAUCUCACUCACCAGACCCUAAUUUACAAUGUUGCCCGCCCCAGUCAGCAGAUCCUACCAAAACGCCCCCGUGGCUUCAAAUUAUCACAUGAUUGCCGAGCACAUUUGCCCAAAUCAUGAUCACAAUCAUCCGGUUGGAAUUAGAAAGUGUUUGGCCGAGUGGGCAGAAAUUCCGGAACAUGUAAAAAAUCCAAUUUCACUUGUCGGGGUAUUGUGGUAAAUCAAUGUGUGGCAAGAAAUUGAAUUAUGGUACCAUAAAAAUACCUCCUUGUAGAAGCUAAGAAAACCAGGUAAACCCCCCAAAGACCCUAAAUUUGUUGGGCUUUUGAUAUGUGUUAGUAGCUUUCUUUCUUCUUGCUGUAGAUCUCUUAAGUCAAUCCUAAGCACAACCAAUACAAAUCCCACAAGAAAAUAAAUCCAGCGACCACCAAUUGAAAGGAAAACUGGCAAAGAUAAUGUUAGGAUUUCUAGCAGAGACUGAAGCAGAGGAGGCAGAAAUAAAGCUGAAGCUCCUCUUCAAUGGCAAACUCUAAGCUUACUACUUUCCUUAUCAUCAUAAUUUUCUUCUACUUUACGGUUCCUUCAACAGCGAAGUCGUCAUCUUUAGUCCAACAAAUCAAGCAGCAAAAUCAGCAACAAGAUAAAGAACCGUUUGUGGGUGUUAAUAUAGGAACGGAUGUCUCAAAUCUGCUAUCAGCAACGGACUUGGUUUCAUUCUUGCAAGUGCAAAAAAUCUCACACAUUCGACUUUAUGAUGCAAAUCCAGAUAUGCUCAAAGCAUUGGCAAAGACGAAGAUCCGGGUCAUUAUCAGUGUACCCAAUAACCAGCUUUUGGCAAUAGGGUCAUCCAACUCCACGGCUGCUUCUUGGGUCGGUCGAAAUGUCGUCGCUUACUACCCUGAAACGCUCAUCACCGAUAUUGCUGUUGGAGAUGAGGUUUUAACUACCGUACCAUCUUCAGCUCCUUUGCUGCUUCCUGCAAUUCAGUCACUUUACAGUGCUUUAGUGGCUGCAAAUUUGCAUACUCAAAUCAAGGUUUCAACUCCACAUGCUGCUUCUAUUAUUCUUGAUACCUUUCCUCCUUCUCAGGCUUUCUUUAACCAAAGCUUGACUUCGGUUAUGGUACCUUUGCUUCAGUUUUUAUCAAGAACUGGGUCUCCUUUAAUGAUGAAUCUUUAUCCAUAUUAUGUGUUUAUGGAGAAUAAAGGUGUGGUUCCCCUGGAUAAUUCCUUGUUUAAGCCAUUGACACCGUCCAAAGAAAUGGUUGAUCCUAAUACUUUGUUGCAUUACACGAAUGUGCUGGAUGCUAUGAUUGAUGCUGCAUAUGUUUCUAUGAAGAAUUUAAAUGUUACUGAUGUCGUGGUGCUUGUUACUGAAAGUGGAUGGCCUUCGAAGGGGGACUCAAAAGAGCCUUAUGCUACUAUAGAUAAUGCAGAUACCUAUAAUUCAAAUCUUAUUAAGCAUGUUUUUGACCGUAGUGGAACCCCCUUGCAUCCAGAAAUCACUUCCAGUGUAUAUUUAUAUGAGCUGUUCAAUGAGGACUUGAGGUCACCCCCAGUGUCUGAGGCGAAUUGGGGAUUGUUUUAUUCAAAUUCGACGCCAGUGUAUUUGCUUCAUGUAUCAGGAAUUGGGACUUUUUUGGCAAAUGAUACAACCAAUCAGACCUAUUGUAUUGCAGUGGAUGGGGUUGACUCAAAGACAUUGCAGGCAGCUUUGGACUGGGCUUGUGGUCCUGGGAGGGCGAAUUGCAGUGAGAUUCAACCAGGGGAGAACUGCUACCAGCCUAAUAACGUGAAAAAUCAUGCUUCUUAUGCCUUUGAUAGCUAUUAUCAGAAGGAAGGGAAAGCUUCUGGGUCUUGUGACUUUAAGGGUGUGGCUAUGAUAACUACCACUGACCCAAGUCACGGGAGCUGUGUAUUUCCUGGAAGUAAAAAGGUAAUCAAUAAGACAAGAACGGCUGUAAACUCGACAGAAGCAAGUGGUGCAGCUGAAAGGUUAAAAUUCAACACUUUCCACAACAACCAAAUAAGUGCAACUACUAUAGCAUUCUGUAUUUUGUUAAUCAUUCCUUUUGUGACCACUCGAUGAGGAAAGUAAAAAAAUGUCUUUUAAAAAGAAUGUAUCAUUAUUUUGCAUUGAAUUCAUCGAUGAUCUUUCGUGCUAAAGGUAAAAGGAAUGAUCUGAUGAGUCCGGGCAGAGUCUUGAUUGAGCAUGGUGAUGAUAAUUAUUUGAGAGUUGAUAUAUACAUAUGUAAUCAACACAAUGAUAUUGUUAAGCUUAGCAGAAAGUGUGAUUAUUCUGCAGUAUGCAAUCAUUGAGGAGACAUGGGAUCAAUUUUAAGCACUUUUUGUUACCAUCCCUUGUUGAAAUAAAAAGGAGAUUUUUGGGUGAAUCUAACAUACUUGUAUUCAUUUCUUAGUAUUUCUGAACAGUUUGUGUGGGUGAAAGUGAGUUUAAUCCUUGGGUUGCUAUAAAGAAUGCCUUCAAUAACUCAUCCAGGGUUCUCAACUCGAUAGGAGUUGCUCCUGCGGGGAUUUGCUUACCCCAAGAUUCCCAUAAUGUCAAUUUAAACAAAGGGUAAAGGGCUAUGGUAGUACUUUAUACUCCAUGGUUUAGGAGCUUUUUCACACAAAGAAAACAACUUUAUACUCUUUUGUGCCCCGUCCUUGGAUCAGGCCUAUCAGUAUGAUGCAUUUGUGCUUCUCACUGUUGAGAAAGAAGAAAAGGGUUUUUCUUUAGUCUUUACCACCAUGAAAAAGCAGCUGAUUGGCUAAAAUUAACCGGUACUCAACUCAUCUUAUAACUUCUCUCCAAAGGGUGCAUUAGAUUAAACUGGGAUCUC